CUGGUAAAGGUGCUGUCGGAGCAUUUUGAGCCGUCGCCGUCUCGGAUCUUGGCACGUUACCGGUUUCAUACGUGUGAUCGCGAGGACGGUGCGUCAGUCUCAGCUUAUGCUGCGACUCUGAGGCGACUGGCGCGGCCAUGUCAGUUCAGCGCGGAGGUGCUCGACGAAAUGCUCCGAGAUCGGCUGGUCUGUGGAAUCCGGAAUCCCAGACUUCAGUCCAGACUGCUCAGCACGGAGGAUCUCACUCUCAGCUCUGCGCUCGCGAUCGCUCAGGCGUUCGAAUCGGCGGCUGCCAACGCCAGUGAGCUGAAUCGCAGCAGUCCCGUGUCAUCAGAGCGAGCGGAUCUGCAGCCCGUCCAUCGGGUGGAGGAGCGCCGACCGCGGCAGAGUCCGUCCCGAGUGGCGGCGACGGGUGGCGCUCGAGCUCAGUGUCACCGCUGCCGGCAGAGAGGACACGAGCCGGCCGUGUGUCCGUUUCGCUUCCGGCGCUGUUUUUCUUGCGGGGAGGUGGGUCACUUGCGAGUGGCCUGCCGACGGCGCACGCCGGCGGUCCGGGCGGUUCAAGUGGAGUCGGCAGAGCAUUCCACAGCUUCCGGUGCAGCUGCGGCGGAGCCGAGGAGCCCGGAGAGAGUGGAGGAGGAUGUGUAUGCUCUGUUCGGAGUCUACAGUGCCGGUGUCUCGCCGCUCUCGGAGGCCGCGGCCGCUCGCUCGGAGGACACAGUCGAGCGGUGUGCAGCUGGUGGCGGCGUGAGUGUGGGCGCUGCUACGGUUGCUGCGAGUGAACCCCACGGGGGUGGCUCCGAUGAGCCUAUGGUCGGCGCUCUUGCUUCUGGCGCGGCGGCGGCGGCAGCUGGCAGUGGCGCGGGGCGCUCGGCUGAUCGUGAGUCUGCCGGCGGGCCCGGCGGCGGCGUGCAUCGCACGGAGGGAGCUGAGGGAGUGGCACCGAGGCGGCCUCAGCGCUGCGGGCCGUACAUCGUUCCGGUGCGGCUGAACGGCAAGUUGCUGGAGAUGGAGCUCGACACGGGAGCUGCCGUCUCCGUCUGCUCGGAGCGUGCGUUCAAGAGGCUCUGGCCGACCGGCGGUCCGCCCAUGGAGCGCUGUGAGCAGACUCUGAAAACAUAUAGCGGUGGAACGAUCGGUGUGUGCGGUCAGGUGAUGGUCGAUGUGCAGUAUGGUGACACAUCGGUCCGUGUGCCGCUCGUGAUCGUUCGCGGUGGCGGUCCGUGCCUGUUCGGGCGUGAUUGGCUCGCUCGCAUUCGGCUGGACUGGUCGUCAGUGUGCGUCAUGACGGCCAGCUCGCGGGUGGACGCGGUGCUGGCUGAGUUCCCAGACGUGUUCGACGGGGAGCUGGGAUGCUUCAGAGGUGAGCCGGUCACGGUGGAUGUCGAUCCAGACGUCCAACCCCGGUUUUUCAAACCGCGCGUCGUCCCGUUGGCGUAUCGGGAUCAAGUGGAGCAGGAGCUGGAUCGGCAAGUGAAACAAGGACUCUGGGAACCCGUCGCACAUAUUCCGGACGCAUCUGGAUAGCCUGCGCCCGGACUUGCGUCGACGUGUGGAGCAACGUCAGUGCGCUCAGAAGAGCUCGGCGGACCGCGGGGCUAAGGAGCGCCACUGUGUGCCCGGUGAUGCCGUGUACGUGUCGGCGGUGGACAGACUGAGCGGGGUGGAGGGAGUGCGUUGGCUGCCAGCGGUUGUGGUAAGCCGCAAGGAAACCGAAGUGGUCGUUUGUUUGGAGAGUGGGAAUUUGUUGCGUAGACAUGUAGAUUGUGUGAGGAUGCGCGUGACGAACGGGACGGAAGGGUUUGAUGAUGUAGAGUUAGCACCCAGUGUUGUGCCGGCAGCUCCGCCCGCUGCAGUGCCAUGUGAUGUACCCGUCGGCGGCGACCGUCCAGGCCGGGCGCUCCGGUCGAGCGACCAGCGCCGGGCGCCCAGGCGCUUAGGCUACGAUAGAGAUUUCGCCCAAAUAUCUGUGGUGGAGGGAUGCGG